AUGAAGCUGACCAUCACCACGGCGGACGGCAACCUCGUUAACGUAGAUGUGGAUGAAGGAGAGAUCGUGGGUAGCCUGAAGGCCAUCCUGGAGGUGGAGACUGGCGUCCCGAUGGCGCAGCAGAUUCUGAGCUUCAACGGCUCUCCUCUGAGCGACGACGCGAACUUGGCGUCGACCGGCGUGAAGGACGGCGAGCUGCUGAUGCUGAUGCGCGCCGGUGGUGCGCCCACUCCGGGCGCCGGCAGCAUGGCGGCGCCGGGCAUCCCCGCGGACCUUGUUCAGGCUGUGGAUCAGCUGAGGAACGAUCCGGCCAGGAUGCGAGGCCUGGAGCAGAACAAUCCAGAAUUGGCGAGGGCGGUGAGGUCGGGGGACUACGGUUUCUUGAUGGAGCACGCCGGGAGGGCGAAGCGGAGGGAGGCGGAGCUGGAGCGGGAGUACGCGCGCCUGGAAGCGGACCCCUUUGACGUGGACGCCCAGAAGCGCAUCGAGGAGAUCAUAAGAGAGAAGAACGUGGAGGACAAUUUUUCUCAGGCAAUGGAACACAACCCAGAAGUCUUUGGGACAGUCACCAUGGUGUAUGUGAACAUGGAAGUGAAUGGUGUUGAAGUCCCUGCCCUUGUUGAUAGUGGAGCUCAGACAACAAUCAUGACAGUCUCAUUUGCCGAAAAAUGUAAUCUGUUGCGGCUGGUGGAUAAGCGUUAUGCGGGAGUGGCGUUUGGAGCAGGCAGCAGCAAAAUUCUUGGCAGGGUACAUCAGGCACCGAUCAAGGUGGGUUCCAACUACUUAGCUUCAUCCAUCACAAUCAUGGAGCAGCGAAAUGGCCCACAAUUCAUCUUUGGACUCGACAACCUGUAUCGCCACGAGUGUUCCAUAAAACUGAAGGAGAAGGUGCUCUACUUUGGAAGUGCCGAUUGCAGCAUGGAUUUUCUUGCUGAGCACGAGGUUCCAAAGCAUGUGUACCCCCAAGACAUAGGGAACACUGGGGAAUCCAGCAACCCAGGGCCACCACAAGGCUCUGCGCUAGCUCAGGACCAAUCUGAAUCCAAGCAGCCGUCACCAAGCGCUUCCGCUCCAGCCUCCGUUCCCACUGCCGGGGGAGAUGCCCCCCAACCGACUGCGGGCGGUGAUGCCCCCCAACCGACUGCGGGCGGUGGGCCCACUGAGGAAAGCAUACUCAAACUCAUGUCCCUCGGCUUUGAUAGGGCAAGGUGCAUAUGGGCUUUGAAUGCGGCUGGGGGCAAUACGGAGGCCGCAGCAUCGCUAUUGUUUUCUGAAAUGGACAUCUGA